CAUUAUUUGUCCUGGUCUGCAAUGGAAGUGAAGAUUCACAACUAUUCGUUACAACCAUAUGCACCAACUAACGAUGUUAUGUUGAUAGCUACUUUGUAUCUACAUUGUACUUCAUGUUCUCGUGAAAUUACUACGUAGGGGUGAGGCGUGGUAGCAGAGGGAGGAGAGGAAUCAGGAUCCUUUUAGUUGAGAACGACGCACGACACAUUUGAACAUUUAACUAGCUAUUGUGUCUGGUACAGUUCAUUAGUUAGUGAAAGGUGAAUUGGUGCUAGAGCACCUACAGCGUUAUCAUUCGGGACAUUUUACUUGAAUCGACCUACAUAGGCUACGGCGCUGAGGAUAUGAGUAUGGCGGCACUUCCCGAGGUCCGUGGACUUCAGACUGAUGAGAAUGAGGCUAGAAUUCUGAGAGUGAAAGUCAUAGCUGGAAUUGGUUUGGCCAAGAAAGAUAUCCUUGGAGCCAGUGAUCCAUAUACAAGAGUGUCCCUUUAUGACCCUGUCAAUGGAGAACUAACAAGUCUUCAGACUAAAACAAUUAAAAAGACAUUGGACCCGAAGUGGAAUGAGGAAUUAUUUUUCAGGGUUCAUCCCAGGAAGCAUCGGCUGUUGCUGGAGGUGUUUGAUGAGAAUCGUCUGACACGUGAUGACUUUCUGGGGCAGGUGGAUGUACCAUUACACCAGAUACCGACAGAAAAUCCUAACAUUGAAAGGCCAUACACAUUCAAGGAUUUUCUACUUCACCCGAGAAGUCACAAAUCCAGGGUCAAAGGUCAUCUCCGUCUGAAGAUGACCUACCUACCCAAAAACAACUCAGAGGAUGCUGCAGAACAGACUGAAGACAUGGAUCCUAGUUGGGAGUUUUUAGAGGGCCAGGACAUGUCCGGUCCCAGGCACAACCACCUGCUGCCUGCAAUGCCCCCUGGCUGGGAGGAGAGGCAGGACAACCUGGGCAGGACCUACUAUGUCAACCACGAAACCAGGACCACACAGUGGCACAGGCCCAUAGUACAAGACAGCCAUGUAGAGGCAGAGCAGAGGCAGAACAUCCACAUGGAGGCGCAGCACGCCUUCACCGCCCGCAGGCAGAUCUCCGACCAAGAGGACUCCAACGACAGACAACAAGAGUCAACUGAGAGUUGGGAAAUCAUAACAGAGGAUGAGUCCACAUUGUACAACAGCCAGCGCUCCCCCCCUCCACCCCACUCCCUGGAGUUUCACUCCUUCUGUGACGAGCUCAGUCGCCUCCAGGCCUUGGGUGCCACAUCCGGCAAACGACGUACCUCCCUCCAGCUGCAGGGCCCUUCCAGUCAUUCAAGUCACUCCAGUCGCAGAGGCAGUGCCCAGACUCUGACAGUAGAGGAGCACCCUGUUCAUCCUGUGUUGUUAGCAACCUCAGUGGGGCUGCCUCCAGGCUGGGAGGAGAAGCAGGAUAGUAAGAGCAGACCCUACUACGUCAAUCACAACAGCAGGAUAACCACUUGGACACGGCCACUCAUCCAGAUAACCUCAGACGCAGCAGCCCAGGCUGUUCUGUCCCAGAACGCCACUGUGUACCAGCCCCCCAUGCUCUCUCCUGAGGGCUCCCCCCAGCACUCCCCCGGCUCACAGAGGGAGUGUGGCUUCAUGCCUGCAGGCUGGGAGGUCCGCAAUGCCCCCAACGGAAAACCCUUCUUCAUCGACCACAACACUAAGACCACUUCCUGGGAAGACCCCAGGUUGAAGAUUCCUGUGCACAUGAGGAGGAGACCUUCGCUAGACCCAACUGACCUCGGGCCAAUGCCGCCUGGCUGGGAGGAGAGGGUCCACAGUGAUGGGAGGAUAUUCUACAUAGAUCACAACACGAAGAACACACAAUGGGAUGACCCCAGACUGCAGAAUUCAGCCAUAACUGGACCAGCUGUGCCUUACUCCAGAGACUAUAAACAGAAGUAUGAAUACUUCCGGAAGAAGCUGAAGAAACCGGCUGACAUCCCCAACCGCUUUGAGAUGAAGCUCAGGCGGAACACCGUGCUAGAGGACUCCUACAGACGUAUCCUGUCAAUCAAGAGGGCCGACUUCCUGAAGGCGCGGCUGUGGGUGGAGUUUGAGGGAGAGAAGGGCUUGGAUUACGGGGGCGUGGCCAGGGAGUGGUUCUUCCUAAUCUCCAAGGAGAUGUUCAACCCCUAUUAUGGGCUGUUUGAGUAUUCUGCCACGGACAACUACACUCUGCAGAUCAACCCCAACUCAGGCCUCUGCAAUGAGGACCACCUGUCCUACUUCAAGUUCAUUGGCCGUGUGGCAGGCAUGGCUGUCUACCAUGGAAAGCUGCUGGACGCCUUCUUCAUCAGGCCUUUCUACAAGAUGAUGUUGCAGAAGCCCAUUACUCUACAGGACAUGGAGUCUGUGGACAGUGAGUACUUCAACUCCCUGAAGUGGAUAUUGGAGAAUGACCCGAUAGACCUGGAUCUGAGGUUCACCAUAGACGAAGAACUCUUUGGACAGACACACCAGCAUGAGCUGAAGCCAGCAGGAUCUGAAAUAGUAGUCACCGAUGACAACAAGAAGGAAUACAUCCAUCUUGUCAUGCAGUGGAGGUUCGUGAACAGGAUACUGAAGCAGAUGACCGCAUUCAAGGAGGGAUUCUAUGAGUUGAUACCCCAGGAUCUCAUCAAGAUCUUUGACGAGAAUGAGCUGGAGCUCCUGAUGUGUGGCCUGGGAGACGUGGAUGUGAACGACUGGAGGGAGAACACCAAGUACAAGAAUGGCUACUGUCCCAACCAGCCCGUCAUCCUGUGGUUCUGGAAGACUGUUCUGCUGAUGGAUGCAGAGAAGCGUAUCCGCCUGUUGCAGUUUGUGACUGGCACCUCCCGGGUCCCAAUGAAUGGCUUUGCAGAGCUCUAUGGGUCUAACGGACCACAGCUGUUUACCAUUGAGCAGUGGGGAACACGAGACAAACUACCUAGAGCCCACACAUGCUUCAACCGGCUGGAUCUGCCUCCCUAUGAGUCGUUUGAGGAGCUGAGGGAGAAGCUACACAUCGCCAUAGAGAAUGCACAAGGCUUUGAUGGAGUGGAUUAGGGGAGUGUGUGGCCUAUGGCGCAGAUGUUAAAAUGGCAGUUACUGCCAGUGAACUGAGGGCUAGCACCAAGUUUUGUGCUGUAGUUCUGUUUAAUGCUGAUAAAACACACAAUAUUCAGGUCCAGACCUGACCUGCCAACCGCCUGAGAAGAUGGAGAACAAUCACAGACAGCAAAGUCUUUGGUGCUCCUCUCUCCUGCACAGUGGAAGGGAUGGAUGAUGAGUGAAAAUCACUUCUUAAAUCACUCUUGGUCUGUGAAGUUUACAAAUAGUUUUUUUGUGUCUCGUAAAUAUGUAUGUAUACUUAAACCAGAUCUGUAUACAAUUUAUCAAAUGCAUUAUAUCAUACAGAUAUUACUGUUCAUCUAUGAUAGAAUAUUUAUCAUGAGGAGAUUGACAUUGGACUUCGAUAUACAUUACCGUAUAUACACUGGUGUCGAAAGCGUUCCACAGGGAUGCUGGCCCAUGACUCCAAUGCUUCCCACAGUUGUGUCAAGUUGGCUGAAUGUCUUUUGAGUGGUGGACCACGGGAAACUUGAGUGUGAAAAACCAAGCAGUGUUGCAGUUCUUGACACAAACCGGUGCGCUUGGCACCUACAACAAUACCACGUUCAAAGGCACAUAAAUCUUUUGUUUUGCCCAUUCACCUUAUGAUUGGCACACAGACACAAUCCAUGUAUCAAGGCUUAAAAAUCCUUCUUUAACCUGUCUCCUCCUCUUCAUCUACACUGAUUUGAAGUGGAUUUAACAAGUGACAUCAAUAAGGGAUGAUAGCUUUCAGCUGGAUUCACCUGGUCAGUCUAUGUCAUGGAAAGAGCAGGUGUUCCUAAUGUUUUUUUUUUUUUACAAUCACAAAGUAUGUGUCUGAGCAAUGGACAGUGAAUGCACCUUUUGUAUAGCUUACUGGGGAUAUCACAGAACUGACGACUCCACAUUAGACUCCAUUGAAAAACCAUGUUGCCAUUGCGCUCUCAUUCUUGCACACACACUUGCAAAAUAUGUUUCCUCUGCUGAUUUUUUUUUUAAAUUCAGUGAUGGAUGUAUUAUUUUUUUAUUCCGCUAUUCCAGGGCUCUCAACCCUGUUCCUGGAGCACUACCCUUCUGUAGGUUUUCACCUCCAACCCCAGUUGUAACUAAUUAAUAUAAUCAGAAGCGCUGGAUUAGGGUUGGACUGAACCUACAGGACAAUAGGUCUCCAGAAACAGGGUUGGAGAGCCCUGCUCUAUUCAUGGGUGUUGUAGAGCAGUAUAAUACUCUAUUUUUAGUACAUGUAUUUUUUUCAAAUUGCUCUAUGUAACAACUCUAUUGAAUUAAUAUCAAGAAAUGGAUAGUAUCAAUUCUCAAAGAUUUCUGCGAAUGUCUUUUUUAGCCUUUGAUUAUCUUGAGGGAAUUGACUGUACAUAUGCAGUGGUGUGCUCUAUCAAAGAAUGUAUUGUAUGAAUGGUACAAAACAUGUUUACACUAUCUGGUAUGUUUACAGAUUGUUGAAGGAAAAUAUGUUUUUUUUUAUUUAUCUUAAAUCAAAAUGUUAUAGUUGUGCUUUUAUAAGGUAAAGCACUUUGUUAAAAUAGUUCUAAAAGUCUUAGUGUCUUGAUCUUUGCCAAACUAUCAAUUUCAGAAUGCAUACGUUGAGUAUGAUUUCAUGCUCAAAUCCUCUGCUUUUAAGUGCACAUUUGACUUGAGUACAUUUGAAUUGCCAUGGAAGAAAAAAGCACAUUUCAUUUCACUGGUAAUUAAGACUUACAUUACAAAUGAAGGCAUUGUAAUUUAUCAUAGAAUUUGAUCAUCCCAAUCUUUGACAUGCUCUUAUCCUUUAGUUGAAUGGAUCUAUUGUUAACAUCCCAUACUCUAUAAUUCAUUAUUUUAAGAGAUACUUAAUUUAUAUAUUGUGUCAAACGUAAUUCUGACAACUAAGUGGAUUUUCUAUCAUUGCUUUAAUGAAAUAAAACUUGUAUCUUGUUGAAAACAACAUGUUUUGAUUGCAUGCCAAAGUAAAUGGCAACAUAUUUAGAAAAUCGAAUCAAUUGAAAAUGCCACCAUCUUCUUUCAUAUUAUUCUGAACAAAAAUAUAAACACAACAUGUAAAAUGUUGGUCCCAUGAGCUGAAAUAAAAGAUCCCAGAAAUGA